CCGAUACCCCGACGCCCAGUCCAUCUCUGUCUCCUGCCCCCGGAGAAACUAUUCCGCGGUCCGCUCCGCCCCGGCCUCCGGGUUUCUUAUCUACGGCUGCAUGCACAAUCUGAUUAUAAUCCGCUCGCUGUGAAUAAAUAUAAACAAACAGAGAUGGCAAGUGCUUCGCUUCACUUGAUUGCUCGUUUUGGAUGUGUUUUCCCUGGCUCUGGCUUAGUCGCAGCAAGUCAGAGAAGAAAUCACCAGAGCAAAAGAGCAAAAGAAUCCAGACGCCGCACGUGCACGCACUCCCUAUCGUCGUCCGUCCGCUGACGCCAUGCCAUGCCCGGAGCGGCGUUCGAAAAGCCCAUGAUUGGCAUGCUCUGCCUCUGAUCUGCAUCCCGUGCGCUCGUUAUCUCUCGGCUGCUGCUCGGUGGCAUGCUCGGCGUCGGAUGUGUCGGCUUGCUGCUAUCUGGCUGGUGGCAGCAGCAGUAAUAGCGUAUCCCGAGGUCAUGAUAGGAAUUCGCAUUCCUCCGCCUCGUUCUGGAUUCCUUGCGGUGCCGGUUACCCAGCGCUCUUACGCUGACAUUUGUUAUCUCUUCCAUCUAUCUAUCUAUCUAUCUAUCUAUCUAAACUCCGCAAGCACACCAUACCUUGCACACCACCACAACUUCCACCGCCGCCGCCGUCGGUCUUAUCUUAUCAUUGACCAUUCUAUUUUUCUUCGGCAGUCGGGUGGCGUGCGUCCACGUCCGGAGCGCGGGAGGAUCUAAUCUUAUCGCUUAUCUUCUUGCAUUGCCUAUCUAUCCACCCGUCCAUCUAUCUCUCUAUCUCUCUAUCUCUCUAUCUAUUGAGAUAGGGAGUGAGGAUGGCUGCCCUGCUGAUAUUCUAUAUCUUAAAAGGCGUCAUCCGUCAGCCCACUUUGUAAAAUCAUGAGAUUCACAUCCUAUCUUUGCAAUGAUGCAGCGACGACAAGAGAUUUCGAAGGCAUGAUGGUAUGAUACCGUACCGCAAGCUACCCCCAGCGAACGCAAACAAACAUCAGCAGAUGAUAAGCUAG